AUGAAGCUGAAGGUAUGGCAUGUUUUGCUGCGCCAUGUGUUCUUUGCUUGCCGGUGCGCGGCCACCGUGCCAGCGUGUGGAAUAUUCCGGCAUUAUGACGACAACCAUCCUGUAUCAUAUGGCGUGCAACUACCCAUGGGUAGAGCACCAUUCGCUUUUGCAAUGGCCCACUCCGAGGACUUGACAGACUAUUUGUUGCAUGAUUCAUCUGGACCUUUUGAAGUUGACCCAGCACGAUUUGCAAGUUUGCAACAGGAUUGGGGCUUUGAAGAGGACAGCAUCAACGAAGAACUUGAAAACAUUUUGAAAGCAGAUUGGCAUGCCGACAGCUUUUGGGGAGCUGGCUAUGAUCAGGUAUUCGUACCACGCACUGACGAAUUCUUGCCUGCAAGGCCGGCACCUUUUCGAGUUCAAGCUUUCCUCGACGCUUUCCGGCAGGCCUCAUCCAAGUGUUGGGUUCGCUUGGCACAAGCUCUGCGAGCACAUGAGCUGAAAGCGGACAACGCGGACUUGCAGGAAUGCCUGGGUGUGUUCCGCCAUUGUAUUCAAGACAAUGCGCACUUUGCAGGUGUGGAGGCACAAGUUUGGCAGGGUGGCGACUUGAUCAUGGACUCCCACACAGACGGCGCAACAGCUCUGUUACACUUGGGCGUUACGCUCGGUGGAGCUCGAACUCUCAGGGUCGGCCGUUUUCGGGAGAGACAUUCUCCGUACAGACCGCAAGAGAACCGGCGAAGGGGCGUGCGAUCUGGUGAUGAGAUCAGCGUGUGGAACCGAGAAGCAUAUGAUAGGCAAGAGUUGUGGGACAUUGAACAGUCCCGUGGAAGUUUUUAUCUAACUUCUCCAUUUUGCUUUGAGCAUGGCGUGAAAUAUGGCAGAGACGUGUCCAGCCCGACAUUGGCUUUGCAGUGCCGGUUUGCUUUUUCGAACUAUUCGGCCGCACAGCUUGUGAAUGGCCAACGUACAAAUACAAUGCGAGAGGUGGCCCAGGUGAUCGCCCAUUCCCUUGCAGAUGCGAUCAAUGGACAAGAACUCCGACUACCGACCGUCCAAGAGGUGCAAGCAGCGGCUGCGCAGAUUUCCAUUGCCAAGCAGUGCCGCAAAGCUGCCAUCCAGCAAAUCAGAAAGGACAAUGUUGCGGCUGUUGUGGUGCCAUGCACCAGUAGUCACCAGUAA